GUAACAUUUAUCAAUGGACUUCCGGCUUUGAUUUUUUACCUUUAGAGAAGUUCAACUGUGACAUAUAAUAUCUGGAAAAACUUAACAAACGUGGUGUAUACAAUCGAGCUGAGAAUAGAAUUUCUCAGAUGUUCUUCAAAAAACAUGAUAGAAGGGGUGGAAAAUCAGUGGUGGGGAGCCUGAAAGCAUUGAAACAACUGAGGAACUCUUUUCUCAGUUCGACAAUAGUUGCGUACAGUGUUGUAUUUAAUUAAAAUUUUUUUUUAUUUUAUGAAAUAAAUCAUGACUGAAGUGAAAGCCAAAAAUAGACUUCACAGUAGUAUUUUUCAUUCUGUUUUACGUCAAUGGCAAUCAAAAAAUUUAGCAAUUACUCCAAACAACUUGAUGUAUCCUAUUUUUAUUGUAGAUAAAAUUGAUACCAAGGAAGAAAUUCCUAGCAUGCCUGGAAUUUUUAGAUAUGGUAUCAAUCAACUAAAGCCAUUGCUUCAGCCCUUAGUUGCUAAAGGACUGCAAUCUAUACUACUAUUUGGAAUAAUAAAAGAAAGCUUGAAGGAUACAUCAGCUACACAUGCAGAUAGUGCACUAAAUCCUGUGAUGCAAGCGCUUCCUUUAUUGCGAUCAUGGUUUUCAGAUUUAGUAAUUGCUUGUGACGUAUGUUUAUGUCCUUACAUAACACAUGGCCAUUGUGGUAUCGUCUAUGAUGAUGGAACAAUUAAUAAUAAAGCAAGUAUCCAAAGAAUUGCUGAAAUCGCAGUCGCAUAUGCUAAAACAGGCGCUCAUAUAAUUGCACCAUCUGAUAUGAUGGAUGGGAGAAUAGGUGCCAUAAAAAAAAGUCUAGAAACAACGAAUUUAUCUCAUCACGUUGCUGUUUUAUCUUACUCUACUAAAUUUGCAUCGGGGUUCUAUGGACCUUUCAGAGAUGCUGCUAAAUCCACACCUAAAUUUGGUGAUAGAAAAUGUUAUCAACUACCCCCUGGAAGUAUUGGAUUAGCUAUGAGAGCCACAGCUAGAGAUGUUGAAGAAGGUACUGAUAUGUUAAUGGUAAAACCUGGAUUGCCUUACUUGGAUAUUGUUCGACAAAUAAAAGAUAAAUUUCCAGAUUAUACAUUAUUUAUUUAUCAAGUUUCUGGGGAAUAUGCAAUGCUAUACCACGCUGCUCAAAAUGGAGCAAUUGAUCUCAAGAGUGUAUUAAAUGAAGUAUUACUUUCAAUGAGAAGAGGAGCAGUAGCUCUGGUAAUAUUAGGGUUGGUUGCAACAAUUGUAACGGCCAAAGAUGAUAGUAAAGAGAAGGAGGAUAUUGGAACUGUAAUUGGUAUUGAUUUAGGAACGACGUACUCAUGUGUCGGUGUUUAUAAAAAUGGUCGAGUAGAAAUUAUCGCCAACGAUCAAGGUAACCGAAUUACUCCAUCAUAUGUAGCCUUUACAGCUGAUGGAGAGCGUCUUAUUGGAGAUGCAGCCAAGAAUCAGCUUACAACAAAUCCUGAAAAUACUAUCUUUGAUGCCAAGAGAUUAAUUGGUAGAGAAUGGACAGACCCAACAGUCCAGCAUGAUGCCAAGUUUUUCCCAUUCAAAGUUGUUGAGAAGAACAGUAAGCCUCAUAUUAAGGUGGCCACAAAGGAUGGAGAUAAAAUCUUCGCACCUGAAGAAAUCUCUGCCAUGGUUCUUGGAAAAAUGAAAGAAACCGCUGAAGCAUACUUAGGCAAGAAAGUCACCCAUGCCGUUGUAACUGUUCCUGCUUACUUCAAUGAUGCUCAACGUCAAGCUACAAAGGAUGCUGGAGCCAUUGCCGGUCUUCAAGUUAUGAGAAUUAUCAACGAACCAACUGCAGCUGCCAUUGCCUAUGGUCUUGACAAAAAAGAUGGAGAAAAAAAUGUUUUAGUUUUCGAUCUUGGUGGUGGUACUUUUGAUGUUAGUCUUUUGACUAUUGAUAAUGGAGUCUUUGAGGUCGUUGCUACCAAUGGAGAUACUCACUUAGGAGGAGAAGACUUUGAUCAACGUGUGAUGGAUUACUUCAUUAAAUUAUACAAAAAGAAAAAGGGCAAAGACAUUAGAAAAGAUAACAGAGCAGUUCAAAAACUUCGCCGUGAAGUUGAAAAAGCCAAGAGAGCUUUAAGUGCUAGUCAUCAAGUCAGGAUUGAGAUUGAGUCAUUCUUUGAUGGAGACGAUUUCUCUGAAACUCUUACUCGUGCCAAAUUCGAAGAAUUGAACUUGGAUCUUUUCCAAAGUACAAUGAAACCUGUUCAAAAGGUAUUGGAAGAUGCUGAUAUGAGCAAGAAAGAUGUUGAUGAAAUCGUACUUGUUGGAGGAUCAACUAGAAUUCCAAAGGUCCAACAACUAGUCAAAGAAUUCUUUGGUGGCAAAGAACCAUCUCGAGGUAUCAAUCCUGAUGAAGCUGUUGCUUACGGAGCUGCUGUGCAGGCUGGAGUAUUGUCUGGAGAACAAGACACUGAUGCUAUCGUUCUUCUUGAUGUCAAUCCUUUGACUAUGGGUAUUGAAACUGUUGGAGGAGUGAUGACUAAACUGAUCCCAAGAAAUACAGUUAUUCCCACUAAAAAAUCUCAGAUUUUCUCGACUGCUUCUGACAACCAACAUACCGUAACAAUCCAAGUCUAUGAAGGAGAACGACCAAUGACCAAAGAUAAUCAUCUUCUUGGUAAAUUUGAUCUUACUGGUAUCCCACCAGCACCCAGAGGUAUUCCUCAAAUCGAAGUAACCUUCGAAAUUGAUGCUAAUGGUAUUCUUCAAGUAUCUGCUGAAGAUAAAGGUACUGGAAACCGAGAAAAGAUUGUUAUCACUAAUGACCAGAACAGGUUGACACCGGAUGAUAUCGAGAGAAUGAUUAAAGAUGCUGAGAAGUUUGCUGAUGAAGACAAGAAACUUAAAGAGCGUGUAGAAGCUCGUAAUGAAUUGGAAUCGUAUGCAUACUCGUUGAAGAACCAACUUGCUGACAAGGAAAAACUUGGAGCUAAGAUUAGUGAUUCAGAUAAGGAGAAAAUGGAGGCUGCAAUUGAUGAGAAAAUCAAAUGGCUCGAAGAAAAUCAAGAUACUGAUCCAGAAGAGUACAAGAAACAGAAAAAAGAACUUACUGACAUCGUUCAACCCAUCAUUGCUAAACUGUACCAAGGCGCUGGUGGUGCUCCUCCACCAAAUGGUGGUGAAGAAGAUGAUCUCAAGGAUGAGCUUUAAGUAAUGAAAGCUGUUUCUUAUACUUCAGACUGAUAAAUUUUAAAAAUACCAAGGCUUCCUGAGGCAAAAUAUGACUUUAGAAUCAAUGCUAGAUCUUAAGUAGCGGAAUUUUUUUAGUUAUAAUUUUAGUAUUAAUUCUAAAGUACUUUGUUUCGAGGAAAACUGUCGGGCAUUUUCCAGGUCGUUAAACAAUAGCAAUUGAUGUAAAUUAAACGACAAAUGUCUUUUUGUCCAAGUUAAAAGGCCUUACGUGGUACAUAAGAUGGAAUACUUUAUUUUGAGAAUCUCGUAAAAUUUACGAGAUUUUAUUUUUUUUCCAUUUAAAACUCUCAUAUGCCUCUUUAAUUUAUUAUUAAUUGUUUUGUAUAAUUAAUUAUAAUAUGUGAUUGAUUCAGUGGAAUUAUUAUUGCGUGUGAUUUUAUCAUUCGCCAAAUGUUACAAAGCGUGAAAGUACUUGUAUACAUUGAUAUGUGAAUUGCUUGUGUGAAUGAAUGAGACGUGUAUGAUGAUGACAUGUAUCAGUAUCACAAUAAUAAACAUUUUUUUCAAUAA